AUGACUCCAUGGAAUCCCCCUCAGAUGCACAGCCUGCAUUACCCAGAUCAUAGCCUACAAUAUGGUCAACAACAAAUGAUGCCCACCUAUCUACAACCCGUCCCUAAUUCCAUGCCUCCUGUUCCCCAUCUCCAGAGGGAAGCGGUUCCACGUCCAGGGCAAAGUGCUCCCUGGAAUCCCGAGGACGACAAUGUUCUCUUGGACGCCAAGGGUCGGGGAUUGUCUUGGGAAGAGAUCCACCGACGCUACUUCCCCAACAAAUCGGCCAACGCAUGUCGAAAGAGACACGAGCGGGUGCUGGCCAAGAUGCGCGACUCUGAUUGGGAUGAGGCAAGGAUCCAGAGGGUGACGGAUGCGUACAACCGGCACCGUCAUUCGAUAUGGCAACCUCUGUGUAAGGAGCUGGGAGAGUCGAUGUCCGAUGUUGAGAAAGUGAUGUUUCAACAAGGGCUUCGAAACUUGAGGAACCCUUCUCGUUCCUCCGGUCAUGGCCGAACCAGAUCACGAGCAAGUUCUGGUCAAGGGGGUGCGAGUGAGUAUGAGCGUGGUUCAUCCUUCGACGAACAAUACGAUCAUACCGACGAUAGUGGAAUCAGUCUUGGGAACAAUGUACAUAGUCGACGGGCUAGUGAGAUAACGGCUGGUUUAUCCACCGAGAGUCUCCCUUCUGUCAAUCGCCUCCUCUCCGAGACCGGAUAUGGGUACACAGUAUGA